UGUACUUAAAUGGUUUCUCUAGUUUGGCUAGCUGCUACAUACACAAAAAUAGCUAAUGAGCUAAAGCUGCUAAAUUUGGGGUGGAGAUUCAAAACGGCAAAACCUUCUAUAGCUUCCAUCCAUUCAUAGCCUUUUUGUUUAAACCCUUCACUCCUAACCACAGCUAAAUCAUAACCAACUAAACAAAUCUUCUGAGCUUAUCACUAUAACUGUACCAAUAUAUAAAUAUCUCCCCUCCCCUUCAUUCUAAUUUCAACAAUAACAAAUCAUGGCUUCUCAAUACUGCUUUGUUUUGGUUAAUGUCAUCAUUCUCCUCUGCAGCUUGGGUCCGAACCUGAGUUUGGCAAAGGAAACAAAAGUCCAUGGCUUGAAAAUGAACGCAAUUGAUGGUUGCUGGAGAUGGAAUCCAAAUUGGAGAAGCAACCGCCAGCAACUCGCAAUGUGUUCGGUAGGAUUUGCCGGAAAAAUGAGCAACAACAUAGGAAAAGAUGUCAUAAACUAUGAAGUAACAGAUCCCAGUGACAAUGCAUUAAAUCCCCAACCAGGCACUUUGAGAUAUGGAGCUACUAUGAUCAAGGGCAAAAAAUGGAUCACAUUCCAGAGGGACAUGAAAAUUAAACUCGAGAAACCAUUGCUCGUUAGUAGCUUCACUGCAAUUGAUGGAAGAGGUGCUAAUGUCCACAUACAAGGUAACGCGUGCUUGAGAGUGUUCAAAGCAACCAAUGUUAUCAUACAUGGCCUUCGAAUCCACCACUGCAAAUCGCAGCCACCGACCACGGUUAUGGGUCCGAACGGAAUAGUUUCACUAGGAGCGGUUGAUGGAGACGCAAUAAGGUUGGUUACUGCAUCAAAGGUUUGGAUAGACCACAAUACACUAUACGAGUGUGAGGAUGGUCUUCUCGACGUCACUCGUGGAUCAACCGAUGUCACCGUCUCCAACAACUGGUUCAGAAACCAGGACAAGGUAAUGCUUCUCGGCCAUGAUGAUGGCUUCCUUCGGGACAAGAACAUGAAGGUGACUGUAGUGUACAAUCAUUUUGGACCACUCUGCAAUCAGAGAAUGCCAAGGAUUCGCCAUGGAUAUGCACAUGUCGUAAACAACUUGUACAGGGAAUGGACACAGUAUGCAAUUGGGGGAAGCAUGAACCCUAGUGUUAAAAGCGAAGCCAACCUCUUCAUUGCACCAAAACAAAACAAAGAGAUCACUUGGAGGCAGGACAGUGUUAACAACUCCUGGAAAUUUUACUCUAAAGGCGAUAUUUUUGAAAAUGGGGCUUCCUUCAUCCAAACAGGUCAAGGUGGAGCCCAGCCACACUAUAACAUGGAACAAAAUUUCCGAGUUGCCGACGCCAAAUCUGUCCGGUCAUUGACAAGGUCAUCAGGUGCUCUAACAUGCACCAAACAAUCUAGAUGCUAAGUCACAGACUCAAGUAGAUACAGCGGGAAAAUGGAGCAUCACUGGCAGCAACCAUCGAAGACUACAGAAAGGACAGGAAAAAAAAUAAAAAAAAGCACACCUACUGUAAAAGUCUAAUUAUAACAAAAUUGUACCGACUUUAAGCAUGGUCUUCAGUAAAAAGUAGUCUGAGCAGUGAACAUGAGUUUUUGUACUAAUAAUCAAGGAUACAAUAAUACUAUGUAAAGACAAGUGAAAAAA